CACACCAAUAAGCUUUCAGCUGUGUAAUAAGUGCGUGUCAGUGGAGUUACACAAGAAGUGUGUGAGACUAAAGUUUAAAUCUGUGAGAUUUUAGUUUUAAAUCGUUGAAUGUUUUUCGGAAUAUUUUGCUUGAAUAGAAUAGAAUCGAAAUAGUAGUUUUUGAAUAAGUGUUUUAAAGACUGAUGGGACUCAAACAGAGCAGUCCAGCCGAGGGGAUUCGGGUCAGGAGUUAUUCUAGCUCGGAUGCGGCCACCGGGUCCGGUCGGGCUACGGUCCUGCGCUAUUACGCGGGAGGUCCGACUGGAGAGAUCCAGUAUUCAUCCGACAGAUCCGAGUCAUUUUUCCAAAGCAGCAUGAUCCCGAGCAGAGGCCGGAGAUCUGAGACAGACGGACAAAGAGAACUUCUGAUCGGAUCUUUACCUGCACACCUGUCACCUCACCUGCUGGCCGCUGGAUUUCAUUGUCCUGCGUGCAUGAAGUUUGUGUGCUCUGAUGAAAUAGACAUUCAUUUGCAAAUGUGUUUCUCCAAACCCAGACUCAAUUAUAACGAGGACGUUUUGUCCCAGGACCGUGGUGAGUGUUCGAUAUGCCUGGAUGACAUGGCUCAGGGUGACACAAUCGCACGCCUGCCCUGUCUCUGCAUCUAUCACAAAGGGUGUAUCGAUGAAUGGUUCGAGAUCAACAGGUCGUGUCCAGAACAUCCUACUGAUUAACUCAAGAUAUACUAGUAAAGUAAAGGGACCGUUCAAUACCAAGCUACUCUCUGCAUCAGGAGCUUUAAGACUAAACGAUGACUCCAUCACCAUCCCAGAUCUGCAUGGACCCUGCUGUCAAAUCUAAAUGAAAGCAUAUAUACUUCCAAGUUGUGUUUGCAGACCUGAAGGCUGGUAAAUGUUACUACAGCCGUCAUAUGUAUCCAUGAUUCUCUCUGUAGGUUUGCAAGUUUUAUGUUUGAUAAAAUGAGGUAUAUUUUUUACACCCUUUCUACCCAAGGAUGACUUUUUAGCUGUAUAUAUGCAUCAAAGCAAUGAUGUGAAUAUGGGAUUAUGAUCUUGAGAAAUUUGUUUAUAUGUAUACUUCUUUUUUUUAACUUGAGAAAAUCUACUCAGGAUUGAGGCAUGUGCUUCAGUUAAACGCGAUGAGUAUUUGUGAGUGUUUGAAGUUAUAUCUUAUAGAUUUUGAAGAGAUCUCACAAGUGCUCUUUGUCUAAUGUGCUGCUAUGUAUAGAACGUGAAGAUAUUGAUUUUAAUGUUUUUGUUUUCAUUUUUUAUUUUUUCUCUAAACACUGUGCAACAGCAAAUGUUUCUAAAACAUCUCUAGUAUCUUUGAAUGGUUUGUGCCUGGAUGAUCAGACUAUUCAGGGCACUAUCUAAAGCUACACUAGACUCUCUGGAGCAGUUUCCCAGACAGGGUUUAUCCUUGUCCCAGAUUAAAAUGAAUGUUUAAGAUGCCUUAAUUUACAAUAAACCUUGCAUAUCUUAACAUAUAUUAAUGCAAUGUUUUGUCUCAAGAUGCACACCAGUAUUGUUUUUAUUUGUAAGGUUUGGACUUAAAUGUCUUAAUAUAACUCAGGCCUAGUCCUGGAUUAGUCCUUAAAAGUCUGUCUGGGAAACUGCCCAUUAAUCUUUAAACACUUCUCUGGCCUGUCUGUACAAACACAGCAGAAUCAUCUAAAUGAAA